CCUCAACGUAAGAAGGAUAUGGAGCAGUUGGAAUGGGUCCAGAGGAGGGCUACAAAGAUGACUGGAGGGCUGGAGCAGCUUCCAUACGAGGACAGGCUGAGAGAGUUGGGCUUGUGCAACCUGGAGAAGGGAAGGCUCCAAGGAGAUCUUAUAGCGACCUUCUGGUUAAAGUGAAGAUACCUUUUGGAAAUAAAUACCUCGAUGCUAUCUUUUCUGUCCCUGAGAAGAAAUCAACAUGUGGAGUGAUUCUUACCCAUGGAGCUGGAGGAGAUAUGAAUUUCCCCCACUUAGUGUCUUUGGCAGCUUAUCUUGCAUCCCAUGGAGUUCUGUGCCUGCGGUUUACUUGCAAAGGCCUUAAUAUUGCUUAUAGGACUAAGGCCUUCAAAGCAGUUGUGGAAUACUUAAAGCUUUCUGAUGAUUAUAAACUUUCGGGUGUCUUCCUUGCAGGCCGUUCCAUGGGCUCACGAGCUGCUGCCUCUGUGAUACGUCAGCUUAGCCAGGAUGAUGAUGAUGACUUCAUUCAAGGUCUAGUAUGUUUAUCGUACCCAUUGCAUCGACCAAAACUUCAGUCCAAGCUCCGAGAUGAAGAUUUAUUAUUUAUCAGGUGUCCAGUGCUGUUUGUCUCAGGUUCAGCAGAUGAGAUGUGUGAAAAACAAUUGCUAGAAGAUGUGGCAAGAAAAAUGAAAGCCCCUAAAAAAAUCCAUUGGAUUGAUAAAGCAAACCAUGGUAUGGCAGUCAAAGGAAGAACAACAGACGAUGUCAUGGAAGAAAUAAAUGCACAAGUUUUUUCUUGGCUUAGGGAGAAUAUUGAACUGGAGUAGAAGUUAUUUGCAGUGUUUAAGCCAUUUAGCUUUUCCUAAAUGUAGCAAAUUAGAGCUUGUUAUUUCUGACAUAUUUUUUUAAAACAUAUUUUUCAGAGGUCUGAGUGUAAAUGCAAACAGAACAUUUUUGUGUGAAUGAAAAAAAUUACGCGAAAUAAAGAACUUUUUAAAGGAAAGACAGGAAACUUACCAAAUAUUUAAUAAUGUGGCAGCAUUGUUUUCUAUGUUUCUAUGCAAAUAACUGUAUACAACACUUAGGGCUCUGCAUUAAAAAGUAAAUGCUUUUGACUGAUAUUUCAAGUAAUAUAGAAUUAUCGAAUAGUUUGGGUUGGAAGGGACCUUAAAAGAUCAUCCAGUUCCAACCCCUCUGCGUUGGGCAGGGACACUUCCCACUGGAUCAGGCUACUCAAAGCCUCAUCCAACCUGGCCUUGAAUACCUCCAGGGAUGGGGCAUCUACAGCUUCCCUGGGCAAUCUCUGCCAGGGCCUCACCACUCUCAUCGUGAAGAAAUUCCUCCUUAUGUCUAGUCUAAAUCUGGAAUACAUACAUAUACACACUGCACAGAAUCUAUUUGAAAGCAAAUUUUUAGAUGCAUUUAAUUUCUGAGUAUAUUACUGAUUUUAUACUUGUUUGAAAUGAAAAGCUACUGAUCUGUAGAAUUCCGUGAGCAUGGUUCCCGAGGCUGGCCAGGCUGGGUUGUGCUAUUCUGCUUUGAUGCUGUAUCCUGGACCUCUAUUAUACUUCAAAACCAGUGACUCAGGUAGUGGAAUCUUUCAUCAUUAUGGUGUCACCACCCCAAGGAGCCAGAUGCUCAGCACGUGCAGGGUUGGGAAAGAAGGAGGUAAUGCAGGCACUGUUGUACAUGACAAAGAACAUGGAUCAGUUCUGAAGUCACCCUUCAGCAACUUCUUUUGCCUAAGGGACUGAUGAUAGUGGCCCUUUGGAGGGAUGGGCGUGGAAGAAUAAAACCUCAUAAAAGACAAAUUAUGUUUAUACUGGCUGAGGAAGUCCUGGAGAAGGAAGCAGGUAUGACAUGUUGCAGUAGACUUCUGUCAGGAGGGCUCAGCAGAGGCAGGUGGGGGUCUGGGUGUCAUUACCCAUUGAACCUCAGGUCUUCAACUGCGCUUCAAUGCAGCAGAGUGGAUAAAACACACUUGUGUGCACUUGCAGCUGCAGACUUCCCUGUUAUGGGCUGUGAGUAACCUAUUGGUAUCACUAAAGGUUAUGGAAAUAUAUUAAUUGCUUUCAGCCAAGUCAUCAGCGUCAGCUGAAUGGUGAUUCCCCGAGAUGAAAUAGCUGGUUGGUCCUGUGAGAGUAUCUGGAUUUUGCUCCCUGAGAUGGUGGUCUCGUGCUCUCCAAAACCUGCGCUAAUCGUUCCGCAUCUUGAUGGCUUGCAGCUUGCUCCUGCAGGGUGACGAAUUGAGCGCCAACAGGCAGCUUUAACCUAGAGGUUGUUCCUGGGAGGUGUGUGUGACAGUGCAGAGCUGCUUCAAGGUAUGCCGAGUCAGCCCUGGUGAGCCAAGAGGAUUUCAGUGAUGUUGUGGUCAGGUACUUAGUUUUUUUAUACAAUACACCACCUAAGUAAAGCAAUCUGAUCUAUUUAAGACUCUAGGUUAGUAUAAUUAAAUUAUAACAUACAUUGUUUACCACACGAUCAAACAAUCUAUUCUUCUACUUGCUUUUACUACAGUAAAAAUAAUAGGCAGGUGAAAGUUAAAAAUCAGAUGCAAUUUUCUUCCUGUUGUUUUUCACAAGAAGCCUUAAGAAUGCUUGUAAUGUUCAAUAAGCAUAGCACUUGUAAUGUUCAAUAAGCAUUUAAAUGUUUGCAAAGAGAGUAACCAUGUGGUUUUUAAAUUGACUGUCUGUGUUGCAAAGAAAAAUCCUCAUUUUGCACUUGGAAACAUAGGCACCAACUAUAGAAUCUGAUGAAUUUAGACUUGACUUUAAAUCUACCUAUUUAUCAUUUUCAGAUGAUGUUGGUAAGCUCAGAAUGGUUGAAUUACUUCAUAUCAGUGGAAAGCAAGUAUUUUAAAAAUAGACCAGACUGCUUAAACAGUGAUGGGUUUAGUUUCAGUAAUCACUGCUCAAUGAUACUUAAUUCUUUUCACACUACCAAAGAGACCAAUGUUCACAGACAAAGCAUCUGUGAAAAAUCAUAUGGAACUUAAAACUUUGAUCUAAUAAAUAUUCUUGAAGUGUCCAACAGCACCAAGUUUCUCCUUCAUGUUAAAAAGAUAUGUUAUAGACCCACAUCAUUGUCUCUGAGAAUACAGAUUCUCUCAGAAGGUACAAAGUCAUGGUCUGAAAAAGA